AUGUCGGACGUUUCUUUAGAAAUGAAAAUAAUAGAGCCCGAGGACAGAGCUUUUGCAAGGCGGCAGGGGUAUGCAGAGUCAGAUUGUACAAGAAACAGUCCUGUGCCAGUCUACUCUGUGCCAGUCUACUCUGUGCCAGUCUACUCUGUGCCAGUCUACUCUGUGCCAGUCUACUCUGUGCCAGUCUACUCUGUGCCAGUCUACUCUGUGCCAGUCUACUCUGUGCCAGUCUACUCUGUGCCAGUUUACUCUGUGCCAGUCUACUCUGUGCCAGUCUACUCUGUGCCAGUCUACUCUGUGCCAGUCUACUCUGUGCCAGUCUACUCUGUGCCAGUCUACUCUGUGCCAGUCUACUCUGUGCCAGUCUACUCUGUGCCAGUCUACUCUGUGCCAGUCUACUCUGUGCCAGUCUACUCUGUGCCAGUCUACUCUGUGCCAGUCUACUCUGUGCCAGUCUACUCUGUGCCAGUCUACUCUGUGCCAGUCUACUCUGUGCCAGUCUACUCUGUGCCAGUCUACUCUGUGCCAGUCUACUCUGUGCCAGUCUACUCUGUGCCAGUCUACUCUGUGCCAGUCUACUCUGUGCCAGUCUACUCUGUGCCAGUCUACUCUGUGCCAGUCUACUCUGUGCCAGUCUACUCUGUGCCAGUUUACUCUGUGCCAGUCUACUCUGUGCCAGUUUACUCUGUGCCAGUCUACUCUGUGCCAGUCUACUCUGUGCCAGUCUACUCUGUGCCAGUCUACUCUGUGCCAGUCUACUCUGUGCCAGUCUACUCUGUGCCAGUCUACUCUGUGCCAGUCUACUCUGUGCCAGUCUACUCUGUGCCAGUCUACUCUGUGCCAGUCUACUCUGUGCCAGUCUACUCUGUGCCAGUCUACUCUGUGCCAGUCUACUCUGUGCCAGUCUACUCUGUGCCAGUCUACUCUGUGCCAGUCUACUCUGUGCCAGUCUACUCUGUGCCAGUCUACUCUGUGCCAGUCUACUCUGUGCCAGUCUACUCUGUGCCAGUCUACUCUGUGCCAGUCUACUCUGUGCCAGUCUACUCUGUGCCAGUCUACUCUGUGCCAGUCUACUCUGUGCCAGUCUACUCUGUGCCAGUCUACUCUGUGCCAGUCUACUCUGUGCCAGUCUACUCUGUGCCAGUCUACUCUGUGCCAGUCUACUCUGUGCCAGUCUACUCUGUGCCAGUCUACUCUGUGCCAGUCUACUCUGUGCCAGUCUACUCUGUGCCAGUCUACUCUGUGCCAGUCUACUCUGUGCCAGUCUACUCUGUGCCAGUCUACUCUGUGCCAGUCUACUCUGUGCCAGUCUACUCUGUGCCAGUCUACUCUGUGCCAGUCUACUCUGUGCCAGUCUACUCUGUGCCAGUCUACUCUGUGCCAGUCUACUCUGUGCCAGUCUACUCUGUGCCAGUCUACUCUGUGCCAGUCUACUCUGUGCCAGUCUACUCUGUGCCAGUCUACUCUGUGCCAGUCUACUCUGUGCCAGUCUACUCUGUGCCAGUCUACUCUGUGCCAGUCUACUCUGUGCCAGUCUACUCUGUGCCAGUCUACUCUGUGCCAGUCUACUCUGUGCCAGUCUACUCUGUGCCAGUCUACUCUGUGCCAGUCUACUCUGUGCCAGUCUACUCUGUGCCAGUCUACUCUGUGCCAGUCUACUCUGUGCCAGUCUACUCUGUGCCAGUCUACUCUGUGCCAGUCUACUCUGUGCCAGUCUACUCUGUGCCAGUCUACUCUGUGCCAGUCUACUCUGUGCCAGUCUACUCUGUGCCAGUCUACUCUGUGCCAGUCUACUCUGUGCCAGUCUACUCUGUGCCAGUCUACUCUGUGCCAGUCUACUCUGUGCCAGUCUACUCUGUGCCAGUCUACUCUGUGCCAGUCUACUCUGUGCCAGUCUACUCUGUGCCAGUCUACUCUGUGCCAGUCUACUCUGGCCUGACUAAACGAAUUUUUUAA